CCGAUCAUGGGUGACUGGAGCUUUCUGGGUAACAUUUUAGAGGAAGUCAACGAGCACUCGACGGUGAUCGGCCGGGUGUGGCUCACGGUGCUCUUCAUCUUCCGUAUCCUCAUCCUGGGCACGGCGGCGGAGUUCGUUUGGGGCGACGAGCAGUCCGACUACGUUUGCAACACGCAGCAGCCGGGCUGCGAGAACGUGUGCUACGACGAGGCCUUCCCCAUCUCCCACAUCCGCCUGUGGGUGCUGCAGAUCAUCUUCGUGUCCACGCCGUCUCUGGUGUACGUGGGCCACGCCGUCCACCAUGUUCACAUGGAGGAGAAACGCAAGGAGCGCGAGGAGGCCGAGCUCAGCCGGCAGCAGGAGCUGAGCGAGGAGCGUCUCCCCCUGGCGCCCGACCAGGGGAGCGUCCGCACCACGAAGGAGACCGGCACCAAGGGGAGCAAGAAGUUCCGUCUGGAGGGCACCCUGCUGAGGACCUACAUCUGCCACAUCAUCUUCAAAACACUGUUCGAGGUGGGUUUCUUGGUGGGACAGUACUUCCUGUACGGCUUUCGCAUCCUGCCGCUGUACAAGUGCAGCCGCUGGCCCUGCCCCAACACGGUGGACUGCUUCGUGUCUCGCCCCACGGAGAAGACCAUCUUCAUCAUCUUCAUGUUGGCCGUGGCCUGCGUCUCACUCUUCCUCAACUUUGUGGAGAUCAGUCACCUGGGCCUGAAGAAGAUUAGCUUCGUCUUUCGCGAGCCGGCCCCGGCUCAAGGCGAGGGCUCGGCCCCCCCGCCGCCGCCGCCGCCACCCCCGCAAGGGAAGAGCUUGACCCCCCUGGCUUUGCCCUCCCUGCAACGAGCGAAAGGUUACAGGCUGCUGGAGGAGGAGAAAGCGCCCGUGACUCAGCUCUACACGCUCGCCGAUGUGGGCAUCGAGGCCGGCAGAGGGGCCCCACCCUUCCCGGGGCUGGAAGAGAAGGUGGAGGAGGCGCUGCCUCUGGGGGACAUCUCUAAGGUGUACGACGAGACUCUGCCCUCCUACGCCCAGACCACCGAGACAACGGGGGUGACUUUACACGAGGAGGCCGAGGAGGUGCAGCCGGCGGAGGCGGAAGCGGCGAGGGCGGAGAAGGUCGGGGGUGAGGAUCUGGAGGUAGAGGAGGCGGCGAGCGGGGCGGGGGCGAGGAUGGAGGCCGCGGAUACGAUAGAAGACACCAGACCGCUGAGCCGACUGAGCAAAGGCAGCAGCAGGGCCAGGUCAGACGACCUCAACGUAUGA